CCCGCCCACACUGCCUGCUAGUUCAGUCUGGCGUGCGCAGCUUCGCACCUGGUGGCCGUGGCGUGGCGUGCGGGUGGAGGCUGGUUGCCUUCCCGCCGUUUCCUGUGCCUCGUGAGAGAACCGGAUGGUCUGAGAGUCUGAGAGCCGAAGCGUUGGAUCCCGGGUGCCAAGCUGGUUCUCACUACAUACCCCUGACUGCCCUGGAACUCGCUGUGUAGACCAGGCUGGCCUCCAACUCACAGGGAAUCUGCCUGCAUCUGCCCUCCAAGUGACAGGAUUAACGCCCCGGGCCACCUCACCCUACCGAAUGGAUUGGUUUCAUUGCAACCAGUGUUUCCGAAAAGAUGGAGCCCAUUUCUUUGUAACCAGCUGUGGCCAUAUUUUCUGUAAAAAGUGUAUGACUCUGGAAAAAUGUGCUGUUUGUGGAAGUCCUUGCAAGCAUCUGGCUCUUUCUGAUAAUCUAAAGCCUCAAGAGAAGAAGUUCUUCAAAAGCCCUGUAGAGACAGCUUUGCAGUGCUUUAGCCACAUCUCUCAGGUAUGGUGCUUCCAGAAGAAACAAACAGAUCUUCUUAUCGCCUUUUAUAAGGACAGAAUUAAAAAGUUAGAAGCAGCUGUGAAGGAGGCCCAGGAAACGGCGGCCAGCCAGAACAAAGAGCUAUCAGUCUUAAGAAAGGAGAAUGGAGAACUGAAGAAAAUUCUAGACAUCCUAAAGGGAUCGCCAAGCUGCUACUAUGGAAGCAGGUUAACCACACCUCGACCAGUGGGUAUUACUUCCCCAUCACAGUCAGUUGCUCCACGACCCAGUUCCCAGCAUAGCAGCCAAGUAGUGAGUCGCUCUUCUUCUAUGGAGUCCAUUCCUUAUACAGUGGCUGGCAUUGGCCAUGUGGAACAGAGAAGCAGAGGCCUGCAUGAAAGGAGCACUCCCAGAGACUCUUACACUGUCUGUUAUUUGCCCCAGCUGACAUCUUCUCAAGCAGCCAAAGCAAGUGCCUCUAAUUGUUUUCAACAGUAUUCCAUGGGAAGAGGCUUGUGUGUGAAACCCCUUCACCAGCUUCAACUCAUAGCCUCUCUUAUAGACCUUCAUCUGCCUCCUCUGGACAGGGUGUUUCAUUUAGACCGUUCUUCAGUGGAGAUUCAGGCCACACAAGAGUCCUCACUCCCAACAAUUCUGGUCAGAGGGAAAGCAGAACCACACCAGAGAGUCUUCCUGGUUUCCAACUUCCAGUCUUACAGACAUUCUACCAACAGAGGCAGAUGGGACUAGCCAGGAAAGACGGAUGGAGCAUUUCCAGAUAGAAAUCCCUCUUCCAGGUCUGAUCUGUGCAUAAUGCUCAAGGUUGGACUGCAGUGUCCAGUACUAUUAGGGGAUAUGGGCACUGUUUCCUGGUUUCAGUCUGCAGCUUGUUCUCUUGAACUUUAUAUGUCUUUCUCUCCAAAACAUUUAAAAUUUAACAAAAAAAAAAUGUUGUGUGUGUCAUAUGAGGGUAUACUACUUGCAUAUGGGUGCCUGUGAUGCAGGUGUCCCCAGAGACCAGAAGAGGGUAUGUGAUCCCCUAAAGCCAUGGCUAUAGGAAGCUUGUGAGCUGACUGACAUGGGAGGUGGGGAACCUGGUUUGGGCCUUCUUGAAGAACACAAAGCAUACUAAACUACUGAGCCAUUUCUCCAGCCCCUUGAAUUUUUCAUUAAUUUAUUUUGUGUAUGUACUUGUGAAGGAUCCAAGGACAACUUGUAGGAGUCAGUUCUUUCCAACAAAGUCAGUCCUGGAGAUCCAACUCAAGUCAUCUGACUUGGUGGCAAGUGCCUUUACACUCUAAGCCAUCUCAGUGGCUCUGUCUUACAUUAACACACAUGAAAGUGAUUAGGUCUUACACAAAGCUUCAGGAAGAUAGUCAUCUUCCCCCAUAUGUACGGCCUUUCAUUUCCUAGUUUGAAACUAAAGUUGCAAAAAUCCUUAGCCUCAUGCUUUGGCAUAGGAAGACUAGAUAAUAUAUUUAUCCUGGUUCAUUUCUGGAUUUCACUGCUUAGCUCUGGACUUUGCUAUCCUGUGGCCAAUGUUAAUAAACAACUGUUCCCCACCCUAA